ACAGAUGGCGGUAGGGGCAUCGUCGAGCUCCGUCGAGCCGCGCAUCGGCCAGCCGAGCGGCACAGCGAAGCCGCCUCGGAGCGCGCGCUUUGCGGGGAAGCGGGAGAAGUGGGGGAAGGCGGAUCGAAGAGCGGGCGAGGGGAAAGAGGAGGAAGGGCCCGCCGAGGGCGAGGGCCGAAUAGAAAACGAAAGCGGCGCAGCCGCCAGAAAAGAGGGAGUCGCGCUCAAACAGUGAUCAUUGGGGACCGCGCCACGAUGCCGCGGCUCGCCGCCACGUCGUCGUCGUCGUCGUCUUCCGAACGUCGCGCGCUGCCGACGCGCCGCGUCCUGCCGGUGCCCAGCGGGCCAUUGCCGCACGUGCGUGCUCCGAGUGCGCGUCGUGGAGUACCGCCCCAGUGGGGCUCGUGCCCGUGAAGCGAGCGAGAGGGGAGCGGACAAGCGGGAGACCUGCGUCGGCGAUGGUCCCGGCGCCGUCGCUACUACCGGACGCCGAGCAAGGACGCGGCAACCCGCGCAGGCGGCGAGCUACGCUCACGGCAGCGACGCGAGCGACGAUGGGCUGACGCCGUCCCGCGUGACGGCGGCCCCACAAGCUCGGCAAAGGAGACAGACCGCGACAACUCAACCGAGUUCUGGACGGACAGACCCGUCGGACGCUGCCGAGUUCAUCUUCCUCUUGGAGCAACUAGCGAGACAAGGACCAGAUCGAAGAGCGUUCACAUCAUCCGUCGUCAACCCCGCCGGGGACUACCCGGCCCCCAUCAUCACCAGCUUCUGCGCCGCUCGUUUGGGCAUUUCGCGGCUCUGCCCGGAAACAAGCCGUUGCCCGUCGCUUGGAGCACGCGUCCACUGCGGUGCGGCGUGCCCGAGUGCGCCCGUCGAUCCCCGUGGCCCUGCCCGGGCGUGCGAGCGAUGAACGGCGGCCUGGGCGGCAGCAGCCUGUACGAGGACACAGCGAGCCGGUCGAGCCUCGAGGCGGCGCCCCAGCCGCUGCACAUCCCGGCCAAGCGGCUCGCGUACGGCCAGGCCGACUGCGGCCCGGAUCCGAUGGCCAGCGCGGGGGCAGUCCUAAGGCAGCCGCCGUGGGCGUCCGCCUGGCCCUCGGCCGCCGACGCGUUCGAGGCGCCCCACCACGUGCCCAGCUACCAGCAGCAGAGCGUCCGCGACUCGCCCUACUUCUACCCGGACCGCAAGCCGUCCUCCUUCAACCUGUGGGCCUCGUCGGCCAAGGCGUACGACCUGGGACCCGCGGACUCGUGUCAGGCGUACGCCUCGCAGGCCUGGUGCCCGUACUCGGCGGCCGCGGCGACCUACCCCGUGCCCCAGCCGGCCAGGGUCGACCCCGCGCCCACCGCAGUGCCGGCCUACCUGCAGGCCGCCGACGAGCACCGCGUGGCCCCGCCGCCGCCGCCCGUGCCGCCGCCCGUGCCGCACCCGCCGCCGCCGCGCAGCGACGGCUUCGCGGCCUACUCGGACGGCUACGGGCUGAGGGCGGCUGCCGCCGCGGAGGCCCACGGCCCGCCGCCCUACGUCCCCGCCGGCACGGUGCCGGCGGUGACCGAGUCGCUGACGCCCAACCCGCUGGAGUGGACGGGCAACGUGACGGUGCGCAAGAAGCGUAAACCUUACUCUAAGUUCCAGACCCUGGAACUGGAGAAGGAGUUCCUCUUCAACGCGUACGUGUCCAAGCAGAAGCGCUGGGAGCUGGCGCGAAACCUCAACCUCACCGAACGCCAAGUGAAGAUCUGGUUCCAAAACCGCCGCAUGAAGAGCAAGAAGAACAGUCAGCGUCAGAACUCCGAGAGCAACAGCGCCGCCAACAGCCACCACAACGCCGCCGUCGUGGCGGCCAAGUAGCUGCUGUGCUGAGCCACAAAGACUCAAAACAACGACGAUCGACGCGGAAAUCAUCAUCCCCUGGUUCCCCCAUGCCAUCGCCUGUCGUGCGCGGCCUCUGACUUCCUUCCCCCGCUGUGUUUGUGUGUGCUUGUGCCGCGCGAACGUUUCGAACGACGAGUGCGCGAAGCCCCGCUGUGAGACUCCUCGGGUGAGCGUGCGCGAGCGACUCCCUUCGAGCCCUCUUCGAACUCGACCGACGUCAAGAAGACGCCGUGGACUGGACCGUGUCGCCGUCGCGUGCGCCGUCGGCCGAGCUGUGCGGGCAGAGUCUCGCCACGGAUCCUGCCGGACACGCGACGCCGAAACAAAGACGCUCACCCACUGUACAUAGAGAGCGGUGACCCCGUGGGGUGGCCGAGUAGCGCUGGAGCCUUUACGGAGGCGCUCCUCGCCGUGUCUGUGAGUCAAGCCACUCUCCCCGAGUAAGUCUCGACAUCCCCGCCGACCACUACCUCCUGUUCGGCCCGUGUAAUUUAGUUCCCCAACCAUCCCUGCCUUCAUCCUCCCGUAACUCGGUCCAUGGAGUAGCUACUGUUUCUUUCCCCGCCCUCAAGUGGCGGCGGUGACACUGUUCCUUGCGUGAACUAGAGCCGUGAAAACGAACUAUCCCAGGGCAGCGCGGCCAUGAGCUAUUACUGUUGUUUUGAACGGGCGCGCGCCAUCCAUUGUUUUGUUUGAUUGAGCCGAAUGGCUACGAAGGAAACUAUAAACUCACUCGCGCUUGUCUACCCAAUACAUGAUUUAAUUGGUGAUUGCUGCCUCGAAAGCAGCCGUUAGGCCAGAUCUAUUCAGUAAAAUAACGCAAGAAUUUUUUUUUUCGAUUUCAAGUGCACGUACAUUUAUUGAAAGAAAGCAGAUGUACUUAGUAAUAAAAAGUUCGUGAAGAUAGGGAUCUCAGACUGGGACGAGACACAAUGGAGUAAACCGGAUUCAAAGCUGUGUUCAUUUGUUUUUUCUAAGUGUCGACAGUUUUCUAACAUUAUCUUUGCCAGUCCAUCAAGCUCCGAAUCAAUGGAUUUAGGCUGCAUAUAUUGGAAGAAAAAGGAAAAUCCGCUAAUUACACAUUUUCACCUCUCUUACCUCGCAUUAAAAGAGUAUCGGCCAUACAUGCAUUUGUUCUUUAAGCACGCCGGCAUAGUGACUUUGUUCAGUACGAGUUGAUACACAUACUGCGCCCACUGUAGGAAUGUCGUGCUCUGGCGGCGGGGUUCACAUAUGAUUUUUUUCAGUGGUGAUCCCUUUAAUCAGCGCCUUUAAACGACUAUCGUAGAUAUUCUAGACUAUCGUAGAUUUUCUAGACGUAACAUAAGGUUCAGAUUUUGAGAGAGGUGAAAAAAAAAGAUGUUAGAGGUUACCAGGUGGCUUCAGUACCACCAACACUAUCUUAAACGCAAUCGUUUUUUUUUUCUUCUUAUUUGUUUUUUUUUUUUUUUGUAAGGAAAACAUGCAGAGGGCGACAUAGGACGUUCUACCACGGACAUCAAGAAUUGAUUUAGCAAGUUUUAGAAAAUAACACUUUUUAUUUUCUGUUUAGCGCAGCUGCCUUGUCAGCCUCGUUCCGGUGCGAGUAGUUAGAUAACCAGCCAUAGAAUGCGGAAGCACUUAGUACUUUGCUUGACACAACCUUUUUAUUGCGCCAAGUACCAAGUGAACACUUGUGUUACACCAUAGCCUCCUCUAUACUGACAAAGACUGGCAGAUCGCCACGAGACGCGGCCGCCUAAAGUGAAAAAGUAGGCCGGUAGACAAGAGGCACGUAACGGGCGCCCCGCUGCGGCGAGACGCCGAAACACAGUUGUCCCGAGCGAUGGAAUGUCCGCUCGUGCUUCUCGCGUUCCUAGGGUACCGCCUUUUUUUCUCGUCGGGUUUGAAAACUAUGUUUCGGGUCCUCACCGCUGCAAAAGCUGUGCGCUGACUACAAGUUCCCCGAGAAAUGUUCUGUGCUACCAGAUCCUCGCGCUCCAAAUCUUCGACCGGGCACUCCAUGGCUCCGUCAUCGAACUGCCAGGCUUUGUGAGUAUAGAGGAGGCUAUGGUUAGACGUAACCUACACGCAGACCCCUCGCAUUUUUUUUAUCCGCUUUGUUUUACGAAUUUUAUAAUUCCUGUUUCUGCAUUCUGCACUGCUUGAGAGCGCCAGGACGAUGGUGUUUUUGUUCCCGUGCAUGGUUACACCGUUGUAGAACAGAGCGACUCACGGAAGAUUUUUCAAUGGCAUCGCUGCCCCGGGUGUUAUCAAGGGACUCUAGUCUGAGACAUCCCCUCAUCUCUCAUGUGUACAGAGCGUAUGUGUAUCCUUGACUGCUGGUGUAGUGUGUGGUGUAGAUCGAAAGUGUUCUCGUCUUCUUUCUCGGUGCGGACACUCGUUCCGCACAGGGUGACAGUUGAGCCCGAAGGAGCUUGCCUCCCUCAACCCCUUUGUGAGUGCCCUCGCGUUGACCUGUGUUUCACACCGGCUGCUCAUUGUUUAUGGCUAGCGAAACCGCUUUUGCACGAGAUCAGAAAAGGACUGAAUUGGAUGAAAAGGGUUUAUUGAACGAUGAACUGGACUCGAAGUCAUCUUGAAAUCUCGAGUUUCUGCUUUACUCUUCCUACCGUGCUUGUAAUUAACUUUCUUCCCGUUUCCGUUUAUUUCUGCCAAUCUCUCGUCGCCAUUAUCUUUUGUUUCUUUCUUUCUGAUCGGACUGCUUGUCGAGGUACAACUGAGAAGCUCCAUACUCACGCUGAGUAAUACGAACAGAGUAAGAGGGGCUUUACCCAGUUUUGGAAUUCAAGAGGCUUCACUAUACUUCGGCAUGCUAAGGGACAAUUACUUAUCUUAAGCUAAUUUAUUGGCCUCUUCGAAUCGUAGCGUUGCUGCAGAACGACUUACGAUACUAAAGAACAUAUGUUUGAACGCACCUAAUUUGUUUUUCUGCUUUGUUUAAAAGCGAAUCAACCCGUGCAGAUUAAUAUCGCUUUCUGUAGCCCAUGAAUCCUUCUUCGAGGAGAACCUGACCAAGACAAAGCCUGUGGAUGAAAACACGAAAAACUAAUAAAAAUAGGAAAGUCACGUAUGUCUUUGUUUAGAUACGUCGUAUUUCACACCGGACAGCACCGACACCAGCCAUAAAAACUAGUGGCGAGUUCCGCAGGUAGACUUGGAGCGGUUACGAAACGCUUUUUUUCUCGGUAUCUUUACGCACGUGCAAACGCGAGCUAGCAUUCCCAGCUCUAAACGCGCGAGCAUGGAGCAGUUUUGGAUACCUCCAAAUCUGCCAGUUAAAUUUGCCAUAAAACGAGAGAAAAAAAAAAGAAAAAAAAAUCCAAAGGGACCUUGAAAAAGAAAAGCGUCGGGGUGGCAACAACGUUGCUAUUCUUAUCAUGCUUUUACCCGUGAGGACGGGUCUCGCGAAAAACUAAUAAAGGGCCGCAAAAACGUGGUGGCGGUGGCGGCGGAUGAAACAGACAUUUUCGCUAAGCCAAGUAGGUCGGCAAUUACCGUCGGGCCUUUAAUAGGAAGACUUAGUGCGAAGAAGACCGGAAUGGAGGGAACAGGUUCAGAACGGACGGGCCAGGGGAGGAGGAGCCUGGCGGCAUGACGGAUGAACGCCGCCGCAGCGCGUGAGAACGAGCUCGACGGGCGCGAAGCCCAGAACAGCAUGCAUAACGCAUGGCCGCCGAUCCAACUCCGCCUACUAAACGUCCUGGAAGGGCACGUUUUAUACAUAAUACUAUUCAGCUCGCGUGCGUGUCCACACCAUCUCUCUCCCCGUCUCUUUCUCUCUCAAUCUCCCUGCCUCCUUCUCCUUCUCUCUUGCUUUCCGUUUUUAUUUAUCUAUGUCAAUAUUUUAAUUCUUCGCGUUCCUCGAUGUUAUUUUUUUCUAUCUAUCUUGCUGCGAAUGUUAGCGCUUAGCAACGGGCGUACACACAUGAUGCCGAGGUCGCCAAGAUGACACCGAUACGGCUUUGCAUGUGUUUAGCUUUCUCAUUUCUUUUCUUUCAUUUUCAUGAGGCUAUCGUGUAUGUGGAGGAGGGUCAAAGGGGGGUCGGUUAAUGCCAAUAUCGAGUCGCGGACAGGCGUGUACCUUCGACGAUAUGAUGUAGGCUGGGCGAAAGAAACGAUCAAACGGGGUUCACCUUUUGUUCAUUCAUUUGCUUUAUUUUCAGUGCCACGCAAACAGUUAUACGCCUUCUUAGUGGUUCACUACCUCUGAAUAAAAAGCCUGGCGAGUUUUCAGAAAGUCAUGUUCCCGUGGACGACUGUACGCACCGCCGCGAGGUUAUACAGCGUUUGGUUUGUUGCAAACUCAGAAGUGUUUCGUUCUCCCUUCUUCGGGAAUGUUGGCAUUCUCCUCUGCCCCUUGAAAAAAAAAAAAAAAAAAAAAAGGGAACAAGGAAGAGAAAGCUUUUUUUUUCUUUUCUUUUUUUAAGCGGUGUGAUCUGUAGAUUUAAAAAUCUUCAGAAAUUUCCUGCAUCUCUUGCGCAUUUGAAUACGACGUGGCUGCGUUACACAUUGAUGAAAAUUCCCCGCCCUUUGGAUAUAUUGCAGCACGUGGGAAAGCGACAGAAAUGCACAACACGAAACUAGCAUUGUUUUGGUCGACUACUUUCCUUUUGCUGUCACGCUUCUUCCCCGCGGAACGUUAUUUCGCUUUCUGGAAAACAAUGAGCAGUCGAGUGUGUCUCCACAGGGGCGGACGCUUUGGCAAACGUCUGCGUACAUGUGCUUAAAAGGUGCCAAAUCUGAAAUGUUCCCGAACCGGUUGGCAGACCCCAAUUCCUUCCGCUGGCGUGAGUAAAGGCCGACGUACAACCUCGGUUUUCUGCAGGGAAGACAAUCCUCUUAGAGUCCUCCUCUCCUAAACCGCGAGGGGAGCCGUGUCGGGGCAAGGCACAAAGUGGAGAGAAUAUAGGAAAGGAGGAGGUGGGCAAACGUGGAAAGCGCGAACUGUACGUUGACCUUUAAGCCUACGACCCAACACAGCAUGCUGUCCGUAUGCAUACGUCAGGAUAAACCUUCGUUCGCGGUCUCCUUAUGGGCAGCUCCGAUGACAACAACGCAAGGACUCAUUCUUCUUGGCGGGGCUCGAUUGAGGGCUGAGCGUUCGGUUUCGUGUGGCUUCGGCUGCACAUGUGCUUGGAUUGCACGUGCUUUGGUGCACGUUGAGCACCGAAAAAUCAGAGUAUGUAAGGCAGCUCACGGUGGCGAUUUAGAACAACUGGCUCUCAUCCCUGAGUAAGAAUUCUUCCCUCAGCUGGAGGUCAGCGGAAAAGUAUAAAUGACACAUUGCACCUGUACCGAGCUGUGACGUCGCCGAAAAUGGGAGGUAAAUACGUUCAUCGACAGCUUGAGGAAGACAGGUGUUCCUUUCAGUGAUGCUGCCUUCGGGUCGAACUUUCUACCGUGGCCGAUGUCCUGGCCUUACGUGAGCUUCUUGAUGUGUACGAGCCAAGUCGAAACGGAACGAAAGGUGGCGGGCUCGUAUACCAGAGGCAGGAGAGUUGAAGUCGUCUCAUUGAAAUUCUUGUCCUGUCAUUGACGAGGUGAGAACUGCAGGGCGUGUCUUUCGAGCGCCUGGCCUACGGCACGUGCUCAUUGCCUUCCGCGGUGCUUUGGCUGCACGUGCAAGCUGGACGCUUACGAGACGCUGAGGCUUUAUCGAAGGCACGACGAUCACGCUGGAGGUAGGACACUUCGGACUCCUCUCUGCUGUUCUCAUCCUGGCCGUAACUACGAUGGCUCUAGAAAAUAAAGGAAUUGGCGAUUCAAAAGUAGAACUUGUAAAAAUCUUAAAUAAAUAAAAAAGCGUAAUUGACUGGAUGCGUUAAUUGUAACUCCGGCAUGCAUCUUUGAAGAGUUAAGAGAGCGCGCAUCAGUCGUUAAAGCCUUGGUUUUUGUUUUCUUUAUUUCAUUUUCCUUUCGAAUGGGGGUAUUUAUUCUUACGUCGCCGGGGUCGAAUUAUGGCUUGCAGCUCAAGGUGACUUAGGUCCUGCUUCUGGGCGGAAAGAUAUUUUGUGUUCUGUCGCACACUUAUGGCGCUCGAUGGCACCGUUCCAGGAAAGCGCUCCGCUCACGCAAGAACCACAGUAAAAGAAAAAAAAAAAAGAGGGAGAGGGGGAGGGGGGGGGGGGGGGGGGGAGUUACGGCGACGUUUUGGGACACACCGAAGCGUUGAACAGCUUAUUCGCCUCCGUUUUCUUCCAAAUGCUACUUGGAAGUGCCGUUAUUUAUUCCAACACAUUCUCGAACACUUCCGCAGAGCUUUUAAAUAAGCAUCGGGUACCACUUUGGUUUAUUCACACAAUUCAGUACUAUCAUAAGAAAUUAAUGAACGGCUCUACAGUGCGCCGAUGACUCAGCCUCUAUUGCUGUAGGCUUUCGGUAGCGGUUAACAGUUUGAAAAGUUUUCAUCGGUGCCUAUACCUUAUGCCUGUAUGAAUAUGUAAAUGCGUCUUCAAGCGAGGGAGCUAGGAUCGAAUUUUAGCAUAUCGUUAAUUACCCCUAAGAUAUUAAUGUCAGCAGCUUGGGCCGGCUUUUCAAAGCAUGUUUUAAGCUACGCGCUCGAAGCCCUUCGAGCGUUAGGAACCUGCGGAAUCGGCGCGAUGAAAUUAAAAUGAUUUGAGGUUCCAAGAACAGCUGGUUAACUUUUUCGUUAUGGCAUCGCUUCUAGAACUUGAGCGUGCCAAAGGGAAAUGAAUAGAUGUGAUGUAGAUUGUUUUAUUCCUUUUGCUUUUUUUAUCACAAAAAUAUUUCGCAGACCAAGGAUCCGCUUGCUGCUUGAAAGUUCUAAGAACAAAACGUUGAUGUAGGAAGCAGCUGCUUAGUGCUCAGAGAAACUAGAUUAAAACAAAAAUGAAAGAGAACGUGGGAUCACAUUACUCGAGGAACGAGAAAUAUGCGUGAUAGAGCUAUUGUUCAAGCUGACAAUAAACGUGCUUUAUGAAGACUGAGAAAUUAAGGUGCAUCUAAUAGAAAAUGGGUGCGAUAAAAAAAUCUGGAUUGCUUAAGCUCCAUGUUUACGAAAACAAAAACAAAGUAGCCUGCCCUUUUUGCGCAUACCAUCACGGUUGGAGACGUACUAGUGGACGGCACUGGCACAGAGAGAAUGUCACACACAAAAAAAGAGCUUUGCUGCGUCCCAUGUGCUCGUAAAUUGAUCCUACCAAUAUUGCGUACUUACAAUGAGGAUUUACUAAAAACACGCUACGAUAGCUUCGAAUUUGCGGUCUCAGUCCGAAUUUACUAUAUUCAAGACUGAGACCCGAUUGCGUAAGAAGAAGAACAAAUGGACAUCGACCCAGCGCGGGUAUUCACAAAAAUGCAAGUCUGCGAGGCAGAAUUUCUUGAAUAACCUUGAAGUCUGGGCUAGAGAGAGACAUAAUAAAAGCAAAAACAGCGCGAAGACGAGGGCAAAGUACAAGGUUACCGACAAGACAACGCAGUUCUUAACCUCCAAAAACAGAUUUCUGUAAUCCACUCAGAAACUCACACAGUCCUUUUUCCAAGAAGUGAUCUCGUUACUACCUUACUAAAUGAAAAAGAAAAAGGAUAUUGGGUGAAAUUUUUAGCGGUGCCGGUUACUGCUUCGUCCCUUGAGAAUGCACACUGUUCAACUUUCCCCGGUCAAGAAAAAAAUAAUGGCCGAAGGUUUUGGUCAGGAGCGAACAAGAAUAGGUCCCAUCUUCCAGUGUGAGCUGCCUCAGUUUAUAUAUAAGGGGUAUGCGCACGCCAGAGCUGCAGACCUCGCGGCGACGAAGACGUCACUCAUUCCUCAUCAACCUCUGUGUACCAUAGCCACGUAUGUCCAUUCUCCUCUUUUUCCUCGGACAUCGUUCCUGGUCAGUAGUCGGGGACCCCUUACUCGUCGUGCGUGCAUGUGCGUGUGUGAAUAUGUGCGCGAGUGUAUGCGUGUGUGUGUGCGUGUGAGAGAGCGGUGUGGGCACUUCGUGCUGAGCGGAGAGUUGCCUCGCCGCAUUUCGUCUUGUGUGCCAUCUGGGUCGCUUGUGUCGCCGUAUUGUGGUCGUCCCGGCGUUCGCCUGGAAGGACGACGUCACGUGCGUACAUGCCCCACUUGGUUCUGUGUGCGUAAACUCGUGUCGGACUGUGUAACUACUACUCAGCGACGAAUAAACGGAGUCAGACCGGAA